UUAAAGGAGACGUGGAGACGGGUGUCCAGGAGGAACUGCCAAAAAUUUAAAACCUUGUGCAAAACGGACCAGCGGGAGAGCAGGAAGCUGCUCAUGGAGGAGGUGAACUCUGUGUGGGCCACCCUGCAGAUGGACCCCCAGGGAGCCCAGGAGAGGCAGCAGCAGCAGGGUGUCAUCCCCUUCCUGGGCACGUUCCUCAAUCACCUGAAACUGCUGGACAUUGGGAUGGAGGAUGAUCUACAAGGAAAUCUGGUGAACUUCCAGAAAUGGCGUGAGAAAUACAAAGUCAUUAGGAAGAUCCAGCUGCUCCAGCAGGCUGCAAGUGAAUAUGACCUGAAUCCCGAGGAGCGAUUUGGGGCCUGGUUCCAGGCCAUGGAGCCCCUCAGUGUUGAUGAGAGCUACUGCCUCUCCUGCCGGCUGGAGCCUGCACACCAGAAGGCGAGCAAAGUGCGGCUCUUCAGGAGAAAGAGGAACCGGACAUCCUCCAGUUCAGGGCCGACCACCGUGCCCUUGGCAAGGAGCCAUAACCCUCUGGAGACCACAAGUUCAGCUCCUCCUGAGCAGCAGGGCCACUGA